AUGAGAUCGCAAUUAAUAGAUAAUCAACAACAGCAGUUAGCAACAAUGAUACCUGUGCGAUAUCGGAUCUUACUCUAUCUAAAUAUUUUCUUAGUCGCGGUCGAUUUGGGUAUAAAUACAUUUAGUGAAUUUCUCGCACCAAAUGCUAUUGGACAAUUGAUCAUUUUCAUUAUUCAAGAUAUAUGCAUUGUACUUUCAAUUACUUUGAUUAUUGUUAUGGUUUUAACAACUUAUGUGGCACAAGCUGGUUUACUCUGCCUUCUUUUACGCAUGUUUCGCUUCUCUAUUCUUAUUGCCUUUAUUUAUCUUGCAUUGUGCGCUGUUGUUCAAGGAUUGAUAGUUAGUGGACGAAUCGGCCAAACUACACUCAGCCAAGCUGCUUUUGUAAAACCUCAAGUGUUGGCCUUCUAUGUUAUUCAACGUACAUUCUCUGUUUUGUAUUAUUAUGGAAUGAAACGUGCUGCUUAUCGUUUGAGUGAUCCUCAUUUUUACCAAUCGUCUAAAUGGUUACAGAAUCUCUGGGAAAAACGUCGUAUGGCUGCCACAGGUGCUACCAUGCAUGUCCCAUCAGGUGUUGGAGCUGUACCAGCUACAACACGAUGUGUUUGUUGUACAAUUUUAUAG